UCCUCCUCGCGGCUGGUAGGGAGUGAGAGAGCCAUAGACAUUAAACCGAUUCGGAAUAUUUAUUUUAUAUUAUAAUUCGAUUUUAAAACAAGGCAAAAAAAACAAACAAGUGAGAUUCCAGUGGAUCAUACUUUCAUCUAAGAUUAAAUGGUUCAUUGUAUGUGAUUGUGGUACAGUUCUUCGUUUGAGUGCUUGUUUCUGUCAGGAAGUUAUCAGAAGCCGGCAGUGCAGUAGCUAGCUAACGUUUUAGCUGGGGACGGGCGGACCUCUUUGUCUGACAGGGGAAAGGAACGCGUGCUCUUUUGUUUUGCAUUGUCUUUGUUUAGUGGGCUAAAGGGAACUCUGGGACCAGCGUUUCUCUUUACUGACGUUCUUCCCAAAAAAUUUAAAAGAUGCAAAACGUGAAGAAAUACUUCACAGAGGGACUGAUCCAGUUUACGAUCUUACUCAGUUUGAUCGGAGUUCGCGUGGAUGUAGAUAGCUACUUGAACGGCUACUACUCACCGCUAGAGAUUACCGACGGUCCCAGCUCAGCCUACAUCCAGACACCGUUUCACAGUUUGAGGGACAAUUGGGACGGGUACAGCGUGCACCCCAAAUGUCCCGAGUUGGACUAUUUCUUCGCCAGCCGUCGGCUCCUGGACGAGGUGAGGGCGCUUGGGUCGCCUGCCCGGUUCCCUACGCAGUUGAGCGCGUGGCUCGUGCACCAAGUACCUGACAGCUCGGAAUUCGGAGAGCCACCGAACAGCACGAGUAGCAGUAAUGUUAGCGCUGGGCUGUCGUCAGAAAGCACCGGGGAAGAGGCCAACGACUCUGACCUUCUCGCUGAGGACGAGAGUUGUUCUACUGUUAGCUCUAGGUUGAGAGGUCGGCAAGAGGAGUGCCAGACUGCCACCCAGCUAAGCACUGAGCCGAGGCCUUAUCCUAGCACCGGAGCCUGCGAGAUACCCAAAGAGGAGGUUGAGUUACUGAAUGGGCAGAUCGAUGGUGAUGAAGCCAGAGAGGAACCCGUUCCCCUGACCCAGCUGGCUCUCAGUUCAGCACUAGAACAAGAGGGUUUGUUCACUAGCGGAGCUUCUCUCGCUUGCCCUGAGGACCCCCCUCCCCCUGCCAUCGACAUCCACCAGCACUGGAGCCACUUCCUGUCUCUACCCGUCUCUGAAUUUGACGAUUUAGACCCGCUGGUUCCUCAGCAGCUGUCUGACCUCGACGCCAGCAUCUCCAGCGCCAUCAGCCAGGACGUCAGUCUUCGCGAUGCAAUGGUAACAGGUUCCACCUACGAUAUGAUCCCACCGAGGGGAGGAGUCAGGACCCUGGUAGCCAGGCAACCAAGAGGGCCCCUUUUCCGACUAGAGUCCACAAACUCCUCCAACUCUGACUCGUCACCAGGGACGACCACAGGGCUGGCCGCACUACCGUUUACCGCAGUGGUCAACGGAACGCAUAACGGAACAUUGUCCCAUGGUGCACUAGGAGGCUGUCUGGACGAGGCAGUGUUUGACCAGAUCAACCUACUGGGGCUGGAGGGCUGCUUGGACACCAUGGACGCCCAGCUGCUGGGGAAUCUACAGGGCAUCGACCCUUGUAUCCUGGAGGACCUCGACUCAGACUCCGGCCUCUCUCUGGAGAGCAGCUCUCGAGGCCCGACCUCCCCGGGUGCGUCUGAGGUGUCGUCAGCGUCUUCUAGUUCAUUCUGUGAGGACGAGGGCGGAGCUAUGGGCUACAGCAGCGAGGCGGACUCCCUCCCCUCCAAGGGCAUCGCAGAGUACGACACAACAUGGUCGCCUGUGGACCUCAGUGAGAGCGUGUGGCACGACCACAGCUACUCCUCCCCAGCCUUCUCCCACCCAUCAGCCACCAUGUUCCCCCACAAAGCCAUCAAACAGGAGCCUCUCAGCGACGAAGAUGACGACAGGGAGGAUUACGAAGAUCGAGAGCUUAGCCGCGACGAACUUCGUGCCCGGGCGUUGCACGUCCCGUUCUCCGCGACAGAGAUCGUCAGCAUGCCCGUGGAAGAGUUCCUGGAGCUGCUGGAGGGGCGUGGCCUAUCUGCAGCCCAGGUCACCCUCCUGAGGGACAUCCGGAGGCGAGGGAAGAACAAGCUUGCAGCACAGAACUGCCGCAAGCGCAAGCUGGACGCCAUCACAGGGCUCCAGGAGGAGGUGGAGAGGCUUCAGGCCCAGAGGAACAGGCUGCUCAGGGAGAGGCAGCACACGGCCAAGGCUCUGGGCGCCGUGGGCCAACGCAUGGAGCACCUCUCCAGGGACGUCCUUUCCAGGCUGAGGGACGACUCAGGACGACCCCUGACCCCAGAGCGAUACACCCUGCAGUGCGGGGCCAAUGGGAGGGUCUUGGUGCAGCAGAUCAGGCGGUCUGGUGUUGCCACGACGACAGCUGGAGGUAAAACGGACAAGAGGAAGAAGGAGAAAAAGCCUUGAUGCAGCAAGGGCUGCUGGGACUUGAAGUUUUAAGGAUGUGUUAUUGUUUUUUCUGAACUUAUGGGCCAGAUUCUGGUCAUGUGACUGUGUUUCCGGAUCUUUCUCUUCCUUCUUGUCUGGACUUUCCGACCUUGGGAGCCUAAAAGGACAGAAACGCAGAAAAAAAUUACACCCAAAAACGUGCAUGUAAAUACAAAUAAUACAGAAUAUGUGUGAAUGAUUGAGAUUUUUUUUCUGGAAAAACAAACGUAGCUCAAACACUGGACUCUAAUGGUUUCUCGCUAUAUAAAUGAAAGGGUUUUAUUAUCAUUAAAUUAUUUCUUACAAGGAGAAUUGUAGUAUUUCCUACUAAAAUAAAUUAGAGGCUAGUUAAAAAGAAUGGAACUCCAAUUCUAUAGCUUAAAGGCCCAAUGCAGACGUAUUUUUAUAUCAAUAUCAAAUAACACCAGGCAAGUUGAAACUCCACCCAUGCAAAACCUGCUGAUUAGAAGGUCCUGUGUAGAUUUUACACCAGCAUCUCUGAGAAAAUAACACUGAUCACAUUUUUUCACACUUUUACAGUGUUUCAUCAGCUGUUGUACAAUAUGAUACAAGACACAGGAAGAACUGAAUUUUGACUGCACUGGGCCUUUAACCUCAACUGGAAAUUGAUAGCAGUUUUUUGGCAUCUAUUGAUAAAGAUUUCUUAACAUUCUGAAAAGUUGUCAAUCAAUCAAUCAAAUGUAUUUAUAAAGCCCUUUUUACAUCAGCAGAUGUCACAAAGUGCUAUACAGAAACCCAGCCUAAAACCCCAAACUGCAAGCAAUGCAGAUGUAGAAGACUGACGUUCCCCAAUAGAUCCUAGUUCUGGAGUUGUAAGUUGAAAUUCUUUAAAAACUGAAUUUAACUGGCGACAUGUUAGACAUGUCAUUUGAAAUAUAAGACAUUUGAGAUGUUACAUUUCCAAAACAAAUUUUAUACACGGAUGUAGCUAUUGCUUUAUGUAUGAUUUUAUUCAAAAUAAUCUUUUUUUAAGCACUGUAUGCUUCCUCCCUUUGAUAUUUUGAAACAGGGCUUUGAGUCUGAUGGUUUUCAUUCUACCUCACAACUACAACGGAUUUAUAUGGAUGAUUUGGGCAUAUUUUGGGAGAGACCAUUUUUUUAUUCCAUGGGGUUGGGGAACACAAGUGCACUCAAGUCACUGCAAAUGCUUCACUGUAGGUCAAGGUUGGUGAAACAACUGACCUAACCCCCCUCAACUUCGUGAAACAAUGCAUUCACCCACUUUUGUGUUCAGAGGUAAAGUGUGUUUGUAUGUAUGUAUGUAUGUAUGUAUGUAUGUAUGUAUGUAUUAUUUGAGAAAUGCUCACCGAGAUUGAAGAAAAUGUGUACUGAAAGAUAAAACAGAAAAAAGUAUACUGUGCAGAGUUAUACAAGAAACAGUCAGAGGUAGGUUAUAUAGUACCUACAUCAAGCAAGUAAAGAUUUUCUUUACGUCUCAGAAGUUAGUUUUGCCUUGGACAAAACCAAUCCAAUUCCCAGGCUGAACAGUUAUUUUAUUUUUAUUAGGCACUUUUAGUUUUGUCUGUGUGUGUGUUUCUGAUUGCCAUGUGUGUUGGAAUAAAUGAGGCUGAAAUGAAUUUUUACAAAUCCAUAAAAUAAAAAAAAUGGUGUUUUGUUUUCGCUUUGAUUGUUUUAUAUAUAAACAUGGCUCUGUUGCUCAACUGGGAUUGAUUGUGUUAAAGCUGUACGGGGAAGGGUAUUGAAAACUGAGUUAUGCGACUUAAAUCUCAUUUUUCUAAGAGCACUAAUGAUGUUCUUGGUGACAUGGUUCUUUCCUAAGAAAAAAAAUAAAAUGGUUAACAAAACUAA